AUGGAUUUAGAGAAUAAGAGCGCUAGGUUUAAAAAAACUGGCAAAAAAAUAGCGUCUGACAAGUCGUUCGAAGAAGUAGUUCAAUCCGAUAGAGAUGUUCUGAAAAAAUCGAAGUUUCUCUCAGAUUUAUUUCAGAGUUUGCAACCAUACAUCAAUGACAUCAAAAAGGUGCGGUGUGUAGCAAUCGGUAACUUUAAAGAAGACUUUCCUGCCACUUACCAAUUCGCUCUUCUUCUAGAGAUUAUUGACCACAUUCAUAGUGAGAAUUCAAGAGACAUUGUUGUUUCCUUAUAUGACCCGGUAUUCACCAAAGAGGAAACAAUAUACUUGAAAACUUUGGGAGAAAGGUGGGUGAUAGAGGAAAACUUCUUAGAAAGCAAUACAAGCAAUUAUGGGUCCGUGUUAUAUUUCCUUCCCCAUGCUCCUUUAGAUUUGACUGAAAAUAUACUAUCGUCGGAGUGCCCACACUUAUGGCUAGCAAACAAUAUAGUGUCACACACUGACAGGUAUACUAAGGCCCAACUGUAUGAAAAAUAUCCUCGCUUGGGCAAGCUCGUACAUUACUUGCAACCUAGCAUCACACCGGAGACCAAGAAACAAGAUAGCAUGGAUGAUUUUACAACCUUUGUUCCAAAAAGGAAAAGGAAAAACAGAAACAACUCUUCCAAGCUCAAGGUCAAACUACCAGAACUAGACUAUGAGUCUAUUGCCACGAAGUUUACAUCUUGCCGAAUACUCACAGAUUUUGACGGGGGAAAAUAUUUGAAAGAACAACCUUGGAUCAACUCCUUCUCUGAUUUGACAUUACAUGUCGUUGAAUACUAA